UCGUGGGCCUGUGGGAGCGCCCGGGUCUUUCUGUCACCCAAUACCUCGCUGGCAGGAGCGGACCUCGGAACGGAUAAGAACGAAGCUAACAAAAUAGUUCCGAUGUGCCAUUCAGUUUCGUAAACAGCAAUUUUUUUUUUUUUUUUUUUAGAUAAGUCUCCCGUUUUCUUAACAUCGAAAACGAGAUUCGUGUGUUUGUGCGUUGUGUUUUGGUUUCCGUCUGAAGCAAGGAAGAUGGCGUUUUCGUGGACUUCGAGAGCAAUUCUUCUCGUAGCGGCUGUGGCCGUCGGUCUCUUUAUUACCACGAAGGCAGAAGUCCCGAAGGAAGGCCACUGCAUCUGGUAUGGGAUGUGCCACAAGAACCCGCAGAAGAACACGACAGACAAGUCCAUGUUCCUCAACUGUGCUUACGAGGGACCGGCCAAGCUCCUGGAGAACGCGACUGCUAUAGACGCAAUGAAGACACACUGUCCGGAACUCUUGGACGAAAUAACUGCUGAAGACGGCUCCAUCAGCACGUGUUGCGGCGCCGACAACAUCCUGGACAUGACGACCAACUUCGGGCAGCUGGACGCCUUCGUGAACCGCUGCCCCGCCUGCAUGACCAACAUCAAGAAGAAUUUCUGCUACUUCACCUGCCAUCCAAGACACUCGACCUUCCUCAUGCCAACUGCGCUGUACGAGACGGAGGGCAUGACAUCCGUCUAUUCCACCGACUUCAUCAUCCAUCCACAAUAUACCAACGACACCUUCGACUCCUGCAAGAACGUGUACUCGCCGGAGCUCAACAUGCCCUCCCUGGAGAUCCUCUGUGGGAGCGCCGGGAGGGACUGCACUCCUGAAAAGCUGUUCUCCUACUUCGGCAACAACGACUUCGCGCCCUUCAACAUCACGUACAGGUGGGCGACCGAGGACCUCGAGGGCGUGAGCAACAUCUACGACAACGCCACUCUCACCAUGCACCCCUUCGACGUCCCCACCACGCCCUGCAACUCCUCGGACCCCGCCAUGCACUGCCUCUGCUCCGACUGCCGCUCCUCGUGCCCGACCCUCCCUGAGACGCCCGAGGAAGGUGGCCUGCCUAUGGUCGGGAGCAUCGACGCCCUCACCUUCUCCCUCAUCCUCAUCUAUCUAGUGGGCGUCGUGGUGAUAGUUACCGCGUCUUGUUGUUGGAGCAAAAGAUAUGGAGGUUCUCCCACGGCGCCUGACAACGUGGGCGACCCCGGCUGCUUCGAAAAACUCUCUGCGAAGAUGGAAAAGUCGAUCAAACGAGGCUUCUCGGUCUUCGCGAGGUUCGUUGCCAAGCACCCCUUUUUCUUCAUCUUCGUCGGCCUGGUUCCUGUUCUUCUUCUCAGCAUUGGUAUCAUGUAUCUACAGCUGACCACCGACCCCGUGGAGCUUUGGGCGUCGCCGACUUCGAGGUCGAGGAAGGACAAGGACUACUUCGACUCCCACUUCGCCCCCUUCUAUCGCACCACGCAAAUCAUCAUCAAGGCCAAGAACUACGACUGGUUCAACGUGACCACGGAGCCCACCCCCGGCGCCUUCAAGACCUACCGCUUCGGACCGGCGCUCAACGAGACCUUCCUGAUGGAGGUCAUGACGCUGCAGAACGAAAUUGAAAACCUCGUCGGGAAACUCGAGGGCGAGAACGGGCCAGAGAACGUGACCCUGAGGGACGUCUGCAUCAAGCCCCUCGCGCCGCAGGAGGACGACUGCCUGAUCCAGAGCGUCGUCAACUACUGGCAGAACGACCCCGAGGAACUGCAGAAGGAUAUCGACGAGGGCGACUUCGAAUUUGCGCGCCAUUUUAUCUCCUGCGUCAGCAACCCCGUCCAGCUAUCUCCUGACUUGUGCCUGGGGUCCUACGGCGGCCCCAUCUUCCCAUACACCGCCCUCGGAGGCUUCCUGAAGGAGGACGACCUCAUCUCCGACAGCCCCUCCUACUGGGAGUCGACGGCGCUGGUCAUCACCAUCCUCCUGGCGAAUCAGAACGACAAGUCGCUUCUCGGACCUGCCUUGGCGUGGGAGGAAAGGUUCCUCGAGUACAUGAAGGAGAUCGUGUCGGACGGGAACCUCACCCUCAACAUGGACAUCGCCUACAACGCCGAGCGAGGGAUCGAGGACGAGCUCGCGAGGGAGAGCAUGAACGACCUCCUCACGAUCCUCAUAAGCUACCUCAUCAUGUUCGCUUACGUGGCCAUCGCCCUUGGGAACGUGUCCUCCGAGUGCCGACGGCUCUUUAUCGAGAGCAAGAUCAUGCUGGCCCUCGGAGGCGUCACCAUCGUCAUGCUAUCGGUCUUCGCUUCUCUCGGCUUCUACGGCUUCGUCGGAGUGCCGGCCACGCUCUUCGUUAUGGAGGUAAUCCCGUUCCUGGUGCUGGCCGUGGGCGUGGACAACAUCUUCAUCCUGGUGCAGACGUGGCAGCGGGAGCCCCGUCAGGAGGGCGAGAGCGUCGAGGACCACGUGGGCCGCGUGGUGGGCAAGGUGGCCCCGUCCAUGCUGCUCUCCACGUGCGCUGAGGCCCUCUGCUUCUUCCUCGGAGGCCUUUCGGACAUGCCCGCCGUCUACGCCUUCGCCCUCUACGCCGCCCUCGCCCUCGUCAUCGACUUCUUCCUCCAGAUGACCUGCUUCGUGGCUCUCCUGACCCUCGACGCCAAGAGGGUUGAGUCAAACAGAUGGGACAUUUGCUGUUGCAUCGAAGGGGAAAAGCCAGAGUCCAAGAAACAAGAGGAAACCGUGUGCUUCAAGAUCUUCCAGCAUGUCUACGCUCCCUUCCUCCUCAAGGACAUCGUUCGCAUGAUCGUGUGCAUCCUGUUCCUGGGCGUGUUCUUGGCCUCCCUCGCCCUCACGCCCAAGAUCGCCGUCGGGUUGGAGCAGGACCUCUCCAUGCCUGAAGACUCCUUCGUCCUCAAGUACUUCAAGUACCUCAACAGCUACCUCUCCGUCGGCCCCCCGGUUUAUUUCGUGAUGACUGAAGGCUACAACUUCAGUGACUUCGACGAGCAGAACCUGGUGUGUCAAGUGUCCGGUUGCAAGGACGACUCCAUGCUCCAGCAGAUAUUCAUCUCUUCCCUAAAACCCGAAAGGUCGUACAUAGCUUCCGGCGCUUCGUCUUGGCUCUCCCCUUACUUCACGUGGCUCAAAGACAACGUGGGUUCGGGCUUCACCAUCGGUGCCUGCUGUCGGCUGGACAGCGAUGGCAACUUUAUCAACUCCUCGGCGUCGUAUGACAUGGACACCGCGACGACGUGCAUGCAGCCAGGCGACUUCGAGGACGGUCGCCCUCACCCCAAUCUCUUCAUGAAGCACCUCGAGGACUACUUGAGCGACAACCCCCAUGACACCAUGUGCCCCUCCGCCGGUCACCCAGCCUAUGGAGACGCAGUCAGGGUGCUCGAGAGGCCGUCAGGAGAGACCUACGUCGGCGCCAACUACUUCAUGGCGUACCAUUCCAUCCUGAAGACGUCCGAAGACUUCAUCAAUGCCAUGGACUUCGCGUACCAACUGAGCGCGAGCAUCACCGACUACCUGCAGAAGUACAGCAGUUUCACGAAGGACAUCGAAGUGUUCCCGUACAGCAUCUUCUACGUGUACUACGAGCAGUACCUGACGAUGUGGGCUGACACGGGCGUCAGCCUGGGCGUGUCCGUGGCCUCCGUGUUCGGCGUCCUGCUCCUGCUGACCUUUGACCUGGCCUCCUCGAUCAUCGUGCUGGUCACCAUCGCCAUGAUCGUCGUCGACAUGAUGGGCAUGAUGUUCUGGUGGAACAUCUCGCUCAACGCCGUCUCGCUCGUCAACCUGGUCAUGGCGGUGGGCAUUUCCGUAGAGUUUUGCAGCCACGUGACCCACGCUUUCGCCACCUCGGUCCAGCCCACGAGAUUAUUACGAGCCCAAGAAGCACUUUCUACCAUGGGCUCCUCAGUGCUGUCUGGCAUCACCCUGACCAAGUUCGGCGGCAUCAUCGUGCUCGGCUUCGCUCAGUCGCAGAUCUUCAGGGUGUUCUACUUCCGCAUGUACCUCGGGAUGGUGAUCAUUGGGGCGGCGCACGGCCUCGUCUUCCUGCCGGUGCUGCUGUCGCUCUGCGGUCCCAGACUCAACCGCGUGCUGGCGAACGAGGCGAAGGAGAGAGAGAAUAAAGGAGAAAAAGAAAAACAUGGAGAAGCCAACAUCGGGUUCCAGUCUGAUCUGCACUUGUAGAUAGAGAAUGAGGAAUAAAGAAGAGGAGAAGAGAGA